GCUGUCUCAUCGAUGUCGGUAAUCAGGCCUACCACUGUGUCGUCAGCAAACUUAAUGAUGGUAUUGGAGUCGGGCUUGGCCACGCAGUUGCGGGUGAACAGGGGCUGGAUAGUGAUAAAGACUGUCAUCUGUCUCUGCCACUUUGCCUUUCGCCAGUCUGCCCAAAAACGCAUCCGAUGUAAUAAAACAGGCGGGGGUGAAGCGAAAACCCUGUCCAUUAUUGGUCCCUGGACAACGGGCAGCCCAUCCUAAACCAAAGCAACAGAAAGAGACAUCGAGAAUAUCAUCAUCACUGCGUAUCCCUGCCAGUGUGAGGAGGACCCAGUGUCCCAUGUUGCAUUAGUGUCUGUGUGAAAUGCUGGCCUGUCUGCCAGGGCCAGGUGACCUCUCCCUCCAGCUUCUCUCACACACGCAGAUGAACACUGGACUUCAGAAAUGGGACACUACACAGAGGAUGAGAUCCGCUCAAUAUCCAACCCCUGCAGAAUUGGAUGCAUAUGCUAAGAAGGUUGCCAACAACCCCCUGACCAUUAAGAUCUUCCCCAACAGCGUCAAGGUCCCCCAGAGGAACCACGUGCGCCGCACAGUCAACGGGCUGGAUACCUCUUGCCAGCGCUACAGCCCCUACCCCCCCUCUCAGGCCAGCGCCAAGGCCGGCCUCCUUGCCAUCAUCAAGAUGCCCGUCAUCAAGGGCAUCCUCAAAGACUUUGAUGGCAGCCGGGUACGCCUGCAACCCUCCGAGGUCAUCAUGAACCCCCCUGGCCCCGGAGGGCCAUACUCAGCAGCAGCCGCCUCGGCCAGCACUUUAAACCUACACCACCCCCCUUCCCAAGGCCAGGGCAUGCCCCGGCAGAGCCUGAACCCUCACCCUGGGAGCCAGACUCACCCUCAGACUCUACAACAGACUCACCCCCAGCAGCAGGGUCAGUGCCAGGUCCUCAGACACCCACCCUCCAUGCCCCAGCAGCACCCAGAGCAGAGUCUGCCCAGGGCCCAGACUCUGUCCCACCCCCCAGCCCUGGGCCACCCCCAGCCUCCCUCUGGCCCCACUCUCCUGCUCCAACAGCAGCAGCAACAGAACCUUCAGCAGCAGGGGCAGCCUCCUCCCGGCCUUCAGGGGGGCCGAAAGCUGCCAGACGCCGACGCGCCGCCUAACGUGACCGUCUCUACCUCAACAAUUCCUCUGUCCAUGGCCGCCGGCCUGAACCAGGGCCGCCAGCCAGACCUGAGCAGCAUCGUGCACCAGAUCAACCAGUUCUGCCAAGCCCGGGCCCAGGGGGCUGGGGCCACCUCAAUGUGCGAGGGCCAGAUCGCGAACCCCAGCCCCAUCAGCCGCAACCUCCUCAUCAACGCCAGCUCCAGGUUGUCCAUGCACAUCCACCCACACCCCAACGUCUGUCCCCCCGGGCUGCCCCCACACCCCAACGUCUGUCCCCCCGGGCUGCCCCCACACCCCAACUGCAUCAUGUGUCCUGCGAACAAGGCUGCUGCCCCCUCUCACCCCCAAAACAACAUGGCUGCUUCUAACAUGAUGCCUGUUUACCACAAUGAUAUCAAACAGCAGCAGCAACAACAGCAUCAACAACAUAAUCACCAACAGCAGAUGCGCUGGAACCAGCAGCAGUUGGCUCAUCUACAGCACAUGCAGCAGGAUGGCGGGGGCCACCCCUGCAAGCACCCUUCUCACAUGGGCUACCCCCCAGAGCUGUGUGUGGGCCAGCCAUACAGCCUGAAGCCUCCUAUAGAGAAGCCCACCCCCUCUCCCCCCAACAACAACAAUGGCAUGCCUGGGGGUCCACUGGCCCACUACACCAGUGGUGGCCACUAUUUCCAACAACAUGCUGUGUGGAACAGCAGUAUCCUGCCAACGCCCAACAGCGACAGCUCCGGGUCUCAGGAACUGUCCAUGCCAUUCCAUGGUGGGCCCCCAGGGGGCUCCACCACCCUAGACUGCGGUGGGCCCCCUGGGGGAGGCCAUUACAGGCCCGGAUCGAGCUCCUCCUCCUCUGGCCAGACUAGUCUGGUGCAAACGGCAGAUUACUUGGGUGGGGACUUCCAGACGCCCUGCUUCCGAGAUCACAAUCUGGGGCUGAUGGGAAAGAUGCACAGGCCUCCCAUGAACAGGGUGGGGCCCGAGGUUGGCCCCGGGGACGGCAGAACCGCUCACAUCCAGCACCCAGGGUACAGAUAAGAUAAGCUACGGCCGGUCUUGUCUACACAGCCGUUAUCGAAAACCUUCUUUUAGUCUUAAAGGAAAAAUAUGAAAUAUAAUUAAAUUAAUAAAUUAAGUAAACAUUUCCGCUAACAUUAAAAAGAGGACAAAUUAAUAUAUAAUAAAGAGCAGUGUUGGUUUUUCUUUUUCUUUGAGUCUAUCUUGCAAGUGAUCAGUUGAUUUUGUAAAUGAGUGCUUUCACUAGGCACCCUCUAGAGAGCGUUUCUUAUGUGAUUGUCAUCAUUCCCUACCUUUUUUCCAUCCUACCUGUCUAUCAGUGUGCCUGGAUCUAAGGAUACAGAGUUAUUUUUACUUCAGAUCUGUCCUUCCUUCAAUUUCUGCAGAGGAUGGAUGAAAACUCAUUGAUGCUUCAUGGAGGAAAGAAAAAACAUAAAUUUGUUUGUUUUUACUGAGUCGUGUGGGGAUUUCUCCUCUGCGAUUCGUUUUUUUGGACAAGUGGCUAAUGUUCCCUUUUUGCGUUUACUUCUGAAACUCGUAGUGACAUCAAGAUUAAAAACCUCUUGAAAUCACCUUGCAGACAAGAUAAUGAAUGGUUCAGUGUGAAACUGAAACUAUCAGUCACUGGACACUACAAAGGACAGACGGAGACACAUGUACAAAGAGGCUUUUUCUUUCUUUAGAAAUGUAUUUAUUUGUGAAAUAGGACUGUUUUCUGUAUCAGGUCACUGGUCAAGGUUGAUUCCUCACUAUCAUCAAAGUAUCUAAUCUAAUCAGGUUGAUGUUUGUACAGAGCAUAGAUAUAUACUGUAUAGACAGUGUAGACAUCUAGAUCCAGCAGGGAGCAACAUACUUGGGGACUGACUGGGGGAGCUGACCAACGCGCUCUUGCUCAAAAUGCUGCAAUGAAUUCAGGUGUCUGUUACAAACCAUUUGUCACCAAUGCCAAUUGAGAUUGGCAACAUGAUUGUGGAUUAAUAUAUUUUUAUUUUAAUGGAGUGAAAAAAAUAAUUAAUUCUGUCUGAAGCCUUAAAUGGCCAAAGUCACAUAAUUGACAAGGAAAACUUAUUUUAAAAGAUGUAAUUUUAUGUUUCCUAUCAUUUUUCGUGAACCCGAAAACAACUACUUGAAUUGUUGAAAUGCGAUGUUCUGUUUGGCAGUUGUUUAGUGAAGGCAGUGAGCUAGUUAGCAGGACUAAACCUAUCUACUGGAGUGAAAUAAAUAGAAUUGUUACUAAUAUAAUGUUAUUUUAGAAACUAACUAUGAACCAAAUUAGAGUUUUGAUCCUGAGUGUAUUUUGUUUUUAAUCACUAAAGCUAACUUAGUUGCUACUGAUUCUGGUAUGAAGUCUGCUGAAAAUACCAAAUUGAUCACUUGCAAGAUCACUUGGAGGUUAAAGGAAAUUGACUAACUUAAGUGAAACAGCAAAUGUGUUGUUUAUUUUAUUUUACACUGGCUUACCUACUAUACUACUGUAACUUUUUAAAGUGUAAUGAUUGUGUGAGAAUGAUGCCUGCUGAUGCAGGUUGAGUAUAGACGUGUGUGCAUGUGCGUUUUGUAUGUAUGCAGAUGUGAGUGUGUGUCUGUACGUGAGAGUGGUGGACACACUGACCUCCACUUUCUGUUCGCCUCCUUCCCUAACAGCCCUUAAAAAGCCUUAAGUAUUUGGUCCUUGGACUUCCCUUUGAAAACAUGCAUGGUUAUAACGAAAACCCAAAAUGAUGAUUAUGAGAAUGACGAUUGCAAGGAUACAUACAGAGGACCCGCAAUUUCUGUUUGUUAAUUUGCCUUUUAUUUUUAUGGGAGUUUUUGUUGAAUAGGAAAGGCAAUUCCUUAGAGAUUCAUCUUAAUUACGAAAACAAGAAAUUGAGUUAUAUUUUGUAAUUAUAUUUUAAUCCUACAGUGCCUUGCAAAAGUAUUCAUUCUCCUUGGAUUUCUUCAAAUUUGAUUGUGUUACAAAGUGGGAUUAAAAUGGAUUCAAUUGUUCAUUUUUUUCAACAAUCUAUGCAAAAUACUCUGUCAAAGUUUAAGAUUAAUAGAAAGGUUCUCUGAGAGGUCUCUGAGGUUUACACCUAUAUUGUGCAAUAUUAUAAACUGGUGGUUAGAGCCCUGAAUGAUGAUUGUCUGAAAGCUGUGGUAUAUCACACUGUAUACCGCGGGUAUGACCCAAAAAAAAAAAAUUCUGCUCUAAUUACACUGGUAACCAGUUUAUAAUGGCAAUAAGGCACCUUGGGGUUUUGUGGUAUAUUGCUAAUAUACCACGGCUAAGGGCUGUAUCCAGGUGCUCCGCGUUGUGUAGUUGUUGAGAACAGCCUUUAGCCGUGGUAUAUUGGCAAUAUACCAAACCCCCUCGGGCCUUAUUGCUUAAUUAGCCCAUUAUUCUUUUCAUAAUUCUUCAAUCUCUGUCAAGAUGUUGGGGAUCAUGGCUAGACAGCAAUUUUCAAGUCUUUUUCAUAGAUUUUCAGUCAUAUUUAAGUCAAAACUGUAACUUGCCCACUCAGGAACAUUCUCUGUCGUCUUGGUAAACAGCUCGUGUACAUUUGGCCUAUUAUAAGUUAUUGUCCUGCUUAAAGGUGAAUUCCUCUCCCAGUAUCUGGUGUAAAGCAGACUGAAGUAGGUUUUCCUCCAGGAUUUUGCCUGUGCUUGGCUCCAUCCCAUUUCUUUUCAUCCUGGAAAACUCCCCAGUAUUCGCUGAUGUCAACCAUACCCAUACCAUGAUGCAGCCACCACCAUGCUUGGAAAUAAGGAGGCAGUUACUCAGCGCUGUGCUGUUGGAUUUGCCCCAAACAUAAGACUUUGCAUUUAGGCCAAAGAGUAUAUUCUAUAUGUUUUUUUGCUUUGCCUUGGUGCGCACACAAGAUGAAUGUUUCACAAUAUUUCUAUUCAGUAUAUUUGUAUUAUUUUCACUCUCUUUUAAGUCAUUGUGGCAUCACUACAAAGUUAUUGAUCCAUUGUCAGUUUUCUCCCAUCACAGCCAUGUUUUAAAAAUCACUAAUAGCCUAAUGGUAACAUCCCUGAGCAGUUUCAUUCCUGUCCUGCAGUUCAGUUUAAAGGUUCACUGUAUCUUUGAUGUGUCUGGGUGGUUUAAUCCAUAAUUAUUAAUGUUACCAUGCUUAGCGAGAUAUACAAUGUCUGAUUUUGUUAUUGUUACCCAUCUACCAAUUACUGUUCUUGUUUGUGAGGCUAUCGAAAAGCUCCCUGCUUUUUUUUGUUGAAUCUGUGCUUGAAAUUCAAUACUUGACUGAGGGACCUUACAAAAUAUAUUCAGAACCCUUGACUUUUUCCACAUUUUGUUACAGCCUUAUUCUAAAAUUGAUUAAAACAAAUGUUUUCCACCUCAUCAAUGUACACACACUACCCCAUAAUGCCAAAGCAAAAACAGGGUUUUUAGACAUUUUCGUUCAUUUAUUUGAAAUUUAAAAAAUGGAUAUCACAUUAACUCAGUACUUUGUUGAAGCACCUUUGUCAGUGAUUACAGCAUUGAGUUUUCUUGGAUAUGACACUACAUGCUUGGCACACCUGUAUUUGGUGAGUUUCUCCAAUUCUUCUCUGCAGAUCCUCUCUGUCAGGUUGGAUGGGGAGCAUUGCUGCACAGCUAUUUUCAGAUCUCUUCAGAGAUGUUCAAAUCCGGGCUCUGACUGGGCCACUGAAAACAUCCCCACAGCAUGAUGCUGCCACCACCAUGCCUCACCAUAGGGAUGUUACCAAGUUUCUUCCAGACGUGACGUUUGGCAUUCAGGCCAAAGAGUUCAAUCUUGGUUUCAUCAGACCAGAGAAUAGACCAGAGAAUCUUGUUUCUAAUGGUCUGAGAGUCCUUUAGGUGCCUUUUGGCAAACUCCAAGUGGGCUGUCAUGUGCCUUUUACUGAGGAACGACUUCAGUCUGGCCACUCUACCAUAAAGGCCUGAUUGGUGGAGUGCUGCAGAGAUGUUUGUCCUUCUGGAAGGUUCUCCCAUCUCCACAGAGGAACUCUGUAGCUUUGUCAGAGUGACCAUCGGGUUCAUGAUCAACUCCCUGACCAAAGCCCUUCUCCCCCGAUUGCUCAGUUUGGCCGGGCGGCCAGCUCUAGGAAGAGUCUUGGUGGUUCCAAAUUUCUAACAAUUGAGAAUGGUGGAGGCCACUGUGUUCUUGGGGACCUUCAAUGCUGCAGACAUUUUUUGGUACUCUUCCUCAGAUCUGUGCCUCGACACAAUCCUGUCUCGGAGCUCUACGGACAAUUCCUUCGACCAGAUGGCUUGAUUUUUGCGCUGUCAACUCUGGGACCUUAUAUAGGCAGAUGUGUGCCUUUCCAAUCAUUUGAAUUUACCACAGGUGGACUAAUCAAGUUGUAGAAACAUCUCAAGGAUAAUCAAUGGAAACCGGAUGCACCUGAGCUCAUAGCAAAAGGUCUGAAUACUUAUGUAAAUAAGGUAUUUCUGUUUUUUAUUUGUAAUAAAUGUGGAAACAUAUUUUCGCGUCGUCAUUAUGGUGUAUUGUGUCUCGAUUGCUGGGGAAUUGUUUUUAUUUAAUCCACUUUAGAAUAAGGCUGUAACGUAACAAAAUAUGGAAAAAGUCGAGGCGUCUUAAUACUUUCCAAGGGCACUAUGUGUAUGAGGGAAAGUGGAGGGGUUAGUCAUUUAAAAAUCAUGUCAACCCCUAGUAUUUCACACAGUGAGUCCCUGUAAUGAUGUGAUUUUAUUUCAAGCCAAAUGUUUUAUCCUUAACUAAUUUAGGCUUGCCUGCGCAAAGGGGCUUCAUUUUUCUUCCACUUUGGCACCACAGAGAAUUUUGAGUAGAUUGUUGGAAGAAAAAACAGGACAAAUCCAUUUUAAUCCCACUUUGUAACACAAAAUGUGAAGAAAUCCAAGGGGUCUGAAUACUUCUGCAAGGCACUGUAUGUGUAGUUACUGGGCUGUAACAAACCAUUUUUCCCCCCAGUUUCAAAGCUUCAGUUGUGACUUGUUUAUUAUACUUGAUUUUCUUGUUGUUUAAAAAAAUGGUUGUCUUUGUUUCCUUUACUGUUGCUGUGAAAUCCAGGAAGGCUUGAUAAGUCUUUCUUUUACAUGUCACUCUGUGGCUGUACGAAAGAUAAAAAGGUCGAGAGAGUGAGUUGUGCUACUCUUUUUGUAAUAUUGUAAUAAUAAAAUAAAGUUCUAAUUUAUGCUUAGAAAUGUGUUUUAUGGAUGUCCUGUUCUUUUGAUGCCCAAAUGCCGUUUCUCCUAUUUGAUGAGUCGUACAGAACUUGCAAAUAUGAGUAUUUGAAAUACAUAUGCUCACAACCUUUUACUCAAUGAGAACAGAUGGAGGAAAUUGGACAUUCUUCCACCUUAUGUUUGUCUCCAAACCAUAUACCUGUCUGCUCAUUGCCCUACAAAUCUGCAUGGGUUACCCCCAGAGUGCUUGAAUGAUUUCUUUAGAUCAGACAGUAUUGCAAGUUUUUUUCCCCCCAUUUGAGUCCCUGAGAUUUAAUUUCAACAGUACUGUGUGUGAAAUAAAGCUUUACCUACAUCAUCA